AUGUCUAAAAAAAUGAGACUUAACCAGAUCUCUAGUCUAACUGGGGAUCACCUUAAUCAUCUCCUCUCAUCUCCCUCUGUAGAAAAAACAAGAAAAAGCUUAAAAAAAGUCACAUUUGAUAGUUACGCUCUUUAUCUUUAAUUUAGAGCUUCUGACUGUCCAAUUUAGGUUUAAUCAACUUUGCAACAGCAUCUUUUCAAAAGAUCCAAUUCAGAUAAUACAUAACCAUGA